CCCCCUUUUUCAUUCGCGAACCCGAGCCCGCACUCUUGACUCCAGCGGACCAACCAUGUCGGACGGCGCCGCCGAGAAGCAGAGCGGCGGCGCUCCGGGCUUCCUUUCGCCUCCGGCGCCCGUCCCCAAGAAUGGCUCAAGCUCCGAUUCUUCCGUGGGCGAGAAGCUGGGGGCCGCGGUCGCCGACUCCGGGAUUGGCAGGACCGAGGAGUACCGGCGCCGCCGUCACACUAUGGACAAGGACAGCCGUGGGGCGGCCGCCACCACCACCCCGACGGAGCACCGCUUCUUCCGCCGGAGCGUCAUCUGCGACUCCAACGCCACCGCGUUGGAGCUGCCGGGUCUCCCCCUGUCGGUCCCCCAGCCGAGUGUGCCCGCCGCGGUGCCUCCGAGCGCUCCCCCCGAGCCUCACCGAGAGGAAACUUUGACCGCCGCCGUUGCUUCCCAGGUGUCUCAGCAGCCCUCAGCUGCUGCCCGCCCUGGGGAACAAGCCGUUGUAGGCUCGGCCACCACGACCGUCCCCAGCAGUACCAGCCAAGACCGCCCGGUGUCCCAGCCCAGCCUCGUGGGGGGCAAAGAGGAGCCACCGCCGUCAAGAGGUGGAAGUGGCAGCGGCGGCGGCGGCGGCGGCGGCAGCGCUAAAGAGCAGCAGGAGGAACGGAACAUCCAGCAACAGGAUGAUAUCGAAGAGCUGGAGACCAAGGCCGUGGGCAUGUCCAAUGACGGUCGCUUUCUCAAAUUUGACAUCGAAAUCGGCAGAGGGUCUUUUAAGACGGUCUACAAAGGUCUGGACACGGAAACCACUGUGGAAGUCGCCUGGUGUGAAUUGCAGGAUCGAAAGUUAACAAAGUCCGAAAGGCAGAGAUUCAAAGAAGAGGCAGAAAUGUUAAAAGGUCUUCAACAUCCCAACAUUGUUCGAUUCUAUGACUCCUGGGAAUCCACAGUAAAAGGGAAAAAAUGCAUUGUUUUAGUGACUGAACUAAUGACAUCUGGAACACUUAAAACGUACUUAAAAAGGUUUAAAGUGAUGAAAAUCAAAGUUCUAAGAAGCUGGUGUCGGCAAAUCCUUAAAGGACUUCAGUUUCUCCACACACGAACUCCACCAAUUAUUCACCGGGACCUUAAAUGUGACAACAUCUUUAUCACCGGCCCUACAGGCUCAGUCAAAAUUGGAGACCUUGGUCUGGCAACUCUAAAGCGGGCUUCUUUUGCCAAGAGUGUGAUAGGUACUCCGGAGUUCAUGGCUCCUGAGAUGUAUGAGGAGAAAUAUGAUGAAUCCGUUGAUGUUUAUGCUUUUGGGAUGUGCAUGCUUGAGAUGGCUACAUCUGAAUAUCCAUACUCAGAGUGCCAAAAUGCUGCGCAGAUCUACCGUCGAGUGACCAGUGGAGUGAAGCCAGCCAGUUUUGACAAAGUAGCAAUUCCUGAAGUGAAGGAAAUUAUUGAGGGUUGUAUCCGUCAAAACAAAGAUGAAAGAUAUUCCAUCAAAGACCUUUUGAACCAUGCCUUUUUCCAGGAGGAAACAGGGGUACGGGUAGAAUUAGCAGAAGAAGAUGAUGGAGAAAAGAUAGCUAUUAAAUUAUGGCUCCGUAUUGAAGAUACUAAGAAAUUAAAGGGAAAAUACAAAGACAAUGAAGCUAUUGAGUUUUCCUUUGACUUGGAGAGGGAUGUACCAGAAGAUGUUGCCCAAGAAAUGGUUGAGUCUGGGUAUGUCUGUGAAGGUGAUCACAAGACCAUGGCUAAAGCUAUCAAAGACAGGGUGUCAUUAAUUAAGAGAAAACGAGAACAGCGGCAGUUGGUGCGAGAGGAGCAAGAAAAAAGAAAACAGGAAGAGAACAGUCUCAGACAUCAGAACGAACAACAACCAAGUGUUUCCCAGGCAGGAAUUCAGCAGCUCUCUUCUGCUAGCACCGGCAUACCUACUGUUACCACCACUUCUGCUUCAGUUUCUACACAAGUAGAGCCUGAAGAACCCGAGGCAGAUCAACAUCAACAGCUACAGUAUCAGCAGCCUAGUAUAUCUGUGUUAUCUGAUGGAACAGUUGACAGUGGUCAGGGAUCAUCAGUCUUCACAGAAUCUCGAGUGAGCAGCCAACAGACAGUUUCCUAUGGCUCCCAACAUGAACAGGCACAUUCUACUGGCACAGCACCGGGGCAUACAGCUUCUAGUGUCCAAGCACAAUCUCAGCCUCAUGGGGUGUAUCCGCCCUCAAGUAUGGCACCGGGGCAGAGCCAGGGCCAGCCGUCAAGUAACUUAGCAGGGGUUCUACCUUCACAACCUGUCCAACAUCCUCAGCAGCAACAGGGAAUACAGCCGACUGUUCCUCCGCAACAGGCAGUACAGUAUUCACUUCCACAGGCUACAUCUUCCAGUGAAGGUACUACUGCACAGCCUCAAGCUCCACAGGUUUUGCCUCAAGUGUCAGCUGGAACACAGCUUCCAGUUUCCCAGGCAGUACCAACUAUCCAAGGUGAACCUCACAUGCCAGUGUCAGCACAGCCCUCAGUUGUUCCAGUCCACUCUGGUGCUCAUUUCCUUCCUGUGGGACAGCCGCUCCCUACUUCUUUACUCCCACAGUAUCCUGUCUCUCAAAUUCCCAUAUCAACUCCUCAUGUGUCUACGGCUCAGACAGGUUUCUCAUCCGUUCCUAUAACGAUGGCUGCUGGCAUUAAUCAGCCUCUGCUCACCUUGGCUUCGUCUGCUACAGCAGCUUCAAUCCCAGGGGGAUCAACUAUAGUUCCUAAUCAGCUUCCAACCCUUCUGCAGCCUGUGAAUCAGCUGCAGAGUCAGGUUCACCCACAGCUCCUACAGCCAACAGUUCAGUCCAUGGGAAUACCAGCUAACCUUGGACAAGCUGCUGAGGGUCCACUUCCCUCUGGAGAUGUUCUGUACCAGGGCUUCCCAUCUCGACUGCCACCACAAUACCCAGGAGAUUCAAAUAUUGCUCCCUCUUCCAACGUGGCUUCUGUUUGCAUCCAUUCUACAGUCCUAGCCCCUCCUCCUAUGCCGACAGAAGCAAUGGCCACCCAAGGUUACUUUCCUACAGUAGUGCAACCUUAUGUGGAAUCAAAUCUUUUGGUUCCUAUGGGCAGUGUAGGAGGACAGGUCCAAGUGUCCCAACCAGCAGUGAGUUUAACGCAACAACCCCCUACUACAUCCUCCCAGCAAGCAGUUCUGGAGAGUACUCAAGGAGUCUCUCAGACUGCUCCUCCAGAACCAGCUCCAAUAACACAAUCACAACCUACCCAGCCUGUCACGUUGGUUUCAUCUGUAGACAGUGCACAUUCAGAUGUUGCUUCAGGAAUGAGUGAUGGCAAUGAGAAUGCUCCAUCAUCCAGUGGGAGGCAUGAAGGCAGAACAACAAAACGUCAUUAUCGAAAAUCUGUAAGAAGUCGCUCUCGUCACGAAAAGACUGCUCGCCCAAAACUGAGGAUUUUAAAUGUUUCAAAUAAAGGAGAUCGAGUAGUAGAAUGUCAAUUAGAAACUCAUAAUCGGAAAAUGGUUACAUUCAAAUUUGACUUAGAUGGUGACAACCCUGAAGAGAUAGCAACAAUUAUGGUGAACAAUGACUUUAUUCUAGCAAUAGAGAGAGAGUCUUUUGUGGCUCAAGUACGGGAAAUUAUUGAAAAAGCUGAUGAAAUGCUAAGUGAGGAUGUCAGUGUGGAGCCUGAGGGUGACCAGGGAUUGGAGAGUCUGCAAGGAAAGGAUGACUAUGGCUUUUCAGGUUCUCAGAAAUUAGAAGGAGAGUUCAAACAACCAAUUGCUGUAUCUUCCAUGCCACAGCAAAUUGGUGUUCCUAGCAGUUCUUUAACACAAGUUGUUCAUUCUGCUGGAAGACGGUUUAUAGUGAGUCCUGUGCCAGAAAGUAGGUUACGAGAAUCCAAAGUUUUCACCAGUGAAACAUCAGAUACAGUUGCUGCCUCCACAUCUCAGGGCCCUGGAAUGAACUUGUCUCACUCUGCUUCAUCCCUUAGUCUCCAGCAGGCUUUUUCUGAACUCAAACAUGCCCAGAUGACUGAAGGACCCAAUACAGCACCUCCAAAUUUCAAUCACACAGGACCAACAUUUUCUCCUUUCUUGGCUGGCAUUGCUGGUGGCCCAACUGUAGCAGCAUCCUCACCAUCAGUAUCAGUUCCUAUAACAAGCAGUCCUCUUGACAUUUCCACAUCAGUAAUGCAGUCUGAGGCUGCAUUGCCCACUGAACAAGGCAUUGCUGGAGUUACCACCAGCACAGGUGUGAUAACUUCAAGUGGUCUUACCACAUUUUCUGUGUCUGAGUCGCCGGCACUUUCCAGUGUGGUUUCCAGUUCUACAGUACCUGCAGUUGUUGCAGUGUCUACACCAUCUCAGCCAGUUCAGGCUCCCACAUCUGGGAGCAUUGUUUCUAGUACAGGCAGUUUUCCUUCUGGAACAUUUUCCACAACUUCAGCUACUACAGUGGGUAGUGUGGCUGCCCCAAGUGCUAAGCCUCCAGCUGUAUUGUUGCAACAGGUAGCAGGCAGUACUGCUGGGGUAGCCAUAGUGACAUCAGUCUCUACUAGCACUCCAUUCCCAGGCACAGCUUCACAGCCAUCUCUUCCUCUUAGUAGCAGCACCUCUGCUCCUACUUUAGCUGAAACAGUGGUCGUUAGUGCACAUUCACUAGACAAGGCAUCUCACAGUAGUACAACAGGAUUGGCUUUAUCCUUUUGUGCACCUUCCUCCUCUGGAACAGCCGUGUCUAGUUCUGUUUCUCAGCCUGGUGUGGUGCAUCCUUUGGUCACCUCAUCAGCUGUAGCUUCUACACCUGUCCUUCCCCAAGCAACAGGACCUACGUCUACACCUCUAUUACCCCAAGUACCCAGUAUCCCACCCUUGGUACAACCUGUUGUUAAUGUGCCUGCUGUACAGCAAACACUCAUUCAUAGUCAGCCUCAACCAGCUUUGCUUCCCAACCAGCCUCACACUCACUGUUUAGAAAUGGAUGCUGAUACCCAAUCCAAAGCUCCUGGGAUCGAUGACAUAAAGACUCUGGAGGAAAAGCUGAGAUCUCUCUUUAGUGAACACAGCUCAUCUGGAGCUCAGCAUGCUUCUGUUUCACUAGAUACACCUCUAGCAGUAGAGACCACUGUCACCCCAGGCGUCUCCACCACUGCUAUAGCAUCAAGCAAACUCAUGACUUCCACUACGAGUACUUGCUUACCACCAACCAGUUUACCAUUAGGAGCAACUGGCUUGCCAGUUAUGCCAGUGGGCACACCUGGGCAAGUUUCUACCCCAGGCACACAUGCUUCAGCCCCAGUCAGCACUGCAACAGGAGGAAAACCUGGAACAACUCCCCCAAAGCCAUCUUUAGCUAAGACUGUGUCACCAGGUAACCUGUCUGGUCAGAGUGGAACUUCAGUCUUACACCCCCAGCAGACCCUUCACCCCCCGGGCAACACCCCAGAGACUGGGCACAACCAGCUGUUACAGCCUCUUAAGCCAUCUCCUUCCAGUGACAACCUCUAUUCAGCCUUCACCAGUGAUGGUGCCAUUUCAGUACCAAGCCUUUCUGCUCCAGGUCAAGGGACCAGCAGCACAAACACCGUUGGGGGAACAGUGAGUAGCCAGGCUGCCCAGGCUCAGCCACCUGCCAUGACUUCCAGUAGGAAGGGCACAUUCACAGAUGACUUGCACAAGUUGGUAGACAACUGGGCCCGAGAUGCCAUGAAUCUUUCAGGCAGGAGAGGCAGCAAAGGACACAUGAAUUAUGAGGGCCCUGGAAUGGCAAGGAAGUUCUCUGCUCCUGGGCAGCUGUGCAUUUCCAUGACCUCAAACCUGGGUGGCUCAGCCCCCAUCUCUGCAGCAUCUGCUACCUCUCUAGGUCACUUCACCAAGUCCAUGUGCCCUCCACAGCAGUAUGGUUUUCCAGCUGCCCCAUUUGGCACUCAGUGGAGUGGAACAGGUGGUCCAGCACCACAGCCACUUGGCCAGUUCCAACCUGUAGGAACUGCUUCCUUGCAGAAUUUCAACAUCAGCAAUUUGCAGAAGUCCAUCAGCAACCCCCCAGGUUCCAACCUGCGGACCACUUAGUCAGACGUGAAGAUGUUAACUGCAUAGAUUUGGGGGCAGGAGACGGAAUGCUGGAGGUUGGGGGGUUUGGGGAAGUAGCCUAUAUACUAACUACUAGUGCUGCAUUUAACUGGUUAUUUCUUGCCAGAAGGGAAUGUUUUUAAUACCAUUUUGAGCCCUUAGAAUGGAGAACCACCCUCCCUUUCCAUUUGUUGGAGUUCAAAAAGAAAAGGGCAGCUUUCUGGUGGAGGGGCUGCCUGAGUCUGCUUUCCUGUUUCUGUACCCACCAGUAAGGCCUAGGGCUAGAAGAGAGCCUUGUUACCAGAAUGCCCCAAGAGCUCAAUGUAAACUAAACCCAGUAUGUAUCUGUAAGUGGGUAGAGCUCUUAAUUUUGACAUUUGCCCCGAUUUCCUUACUCCCACAAGAAUGCACACCUUAAAACAAGAAGGUUCUCGCCCACUCUGAUCCCUACCCCCACUUUCUUUUUUUCCUUUACAACCUAGUGAAAAAUAUCAGGGGACUGGGGUUGCAACCCUUUCUUGAAUAGGUCAUUAAUGCUUUAAGCAAGAUAUUAGCAGCUUUGACUGCAGCAUUAGCAAUUAGGGAAAACAAUGACGUUCCCUGAGGACAUGUAACUUUGCCAUCAGUUUUGAUGUGGAAACACUGUGAUAUAUAAAUGUUGUUGGACAACAUUAGUUUUAAGAGUAAAAUUUGAAAGGUUUAAAAGGUUCACACACAAAAAAAAGCUAGCUCUGUCCUUUACUUAUUAAGACACUUUAACUUUUUCCUUUGUAUUUCCAUUGUAUUAGAUAAAUAAAUGUGAAUGUAAAAUUGUAUAAAUUACUGUACUUGAAUACUUCUGUUCUCCCAGUAUUGCUUGCUGGAUAUUUUAGUGCCUUGGACUUCUAUUGCUUCUGCUGUUAGCAUCAACUUACCAGACCCCAGGUCACCAAAGGGUAUGUGGAAAGAAAUCUUAGGUCCAUAUGACCCCAGCAGUGGAUAUGCCAAAGGGAAAAUGAAAGUGGGUUUUUUUGUUGUUGUUUUGUUGUUUUGUUUCAAUCGUUCAACAGUUUUGCCUAGAGCAGGUGUGAGAUAAGCACAGUGAGAAGUUGGCAUCAGAGGUUGAAAACAAAGUUCUGUUUCAGAAAGAGUGAGGGGGUUGUGAGCCGUGUGAAGGACGAGGACUGGAGACGUGGGGACAAGCUUGUUAGAAGUGAUGCCCGGCCAGUGAACAAACAAAACCUAGAAGAAAUUCAACAAAAAUGAGAUGGGAGUGGGCUAGAUUCUGAGUUGGGAAGGAUGACAGUGCCAAGUCACAGAUGGAAAAGGUUGCUCUACAGAAACCUGCUUGGUUGCCCUCACCUCUCGUACAUGUACCACACAUUUCUCCACUUGACGUACUGUAUUGUGGAAAACAGACCCACUUCUGACCCCUUUCUUCUACAAUGUCCAAAUGGUCGCACAGUCACAAUCUAUGUGCCACCUGUACUUCUAUAUAAGAACUAAUACUCUCACAUGUUUAUACCCAUAUCCCCAAGUAACUGCAACCAACCAGUAUUAUCUAGUGCUAUGCCUAGUUUUAAUGGGCAGUUUUCUGUCAAUACUGACUUAAUUGGCUGUUUGGGAUAUGAAUACUCUGAGAAAGUGGAGGGAGAAGUAGAAGUCCUCAUUUCUUGGGUGCUUCCUCCUUGAUCUUGAGUUGGGAAUUGACACAUUUCCAACCUCAUGACACAUCCAGAGCCUGGCUUCCUGCAACUUUCUUCCUUUAAGAGUCCGUUCCUUUUAAGUUGGUCUAGGCCAAAAGAUACACAUGACAGCUGAAAGUUUUAGGCGAGGGAGGUGGGAAGAGUAUGGUUUUGUUUCAGGUCCUGCUACCAAAGUGUUGGCUCAUUUAUUCCUUUUGGGAGAGGGUUAAGAGGUGCUGUGGAAACGAAACUGGUUGUAGGAUGGAUUGAGAGUACUUUGUACCGUGGUAGAGGGAGCCAGAUGCAGCAUGUGUUGUUGGUUUUGGUUUUAGUCAUUUUGAGGUCUUUUCCCCCAUUCACAAAAGUUUAUUUACUGAUUUUUUUUUUUUUUUUUUUUUUUGCCCUCCUGUGGAUGAAAUAACUGAAGCCUAGAGGAACGAGCUAGUGCUACUGAACUGUUUAAAUUAUUUUUGUGUUAAUAGUACACUUUGAGUAUCUUUUAUCCACAUUUAAAAAGAACUUUCUGAAUUAUAAAUGUUUUCCUUACGUUAUUUAACAAUGUACUGUUGAAAACUGAAUUCAAACCUUGGGGUUUCUCAGCAGCCGUUAACUGUACAUUUGCACUAACUCUGGGUGUUGCGCUUCUUGUAAGAUUGCGCUUUGUGCUUCAGUUUGUUACCUUUGUAGACUUAUUUAAUGAAACCAUUCAAAUAAACCAAACUUGCUUUUGUUGA